AUGGAGCGCCGCAAGCGCGAGCCUCAGCUCGAGCAGGCGCAGGACCAUCUCGUGCGCAAGAUCUUCUCGCGCUUCCGCCGCGAGCGCAGCGUCGCCGCCGCGCCCGCCCCGGCGCCGCGCCCCGCGCCCGCCGCGCCCGCGCCCGACCCCGAGCGCGGCGACCCCGCGCCCUCCGCCGCGCCCCCGGCCGCGCCCGCGGCGGCGCGCGGCAAGUGGGGCCGCCUGCUGGCCACCGGGUCGCUGGACGCGGGCGGCGCGGCCGAGCCGCCGCGGGGCGCCUUCACGCGCAGUCUCAGCGCGCGCGACCGCCCGCCCGCCGCGCCCGACGCCGCGCCGCCCGCCGCGCCCGCGCCCGCGCCCGCGCUCCCAGCGGCGUCGGCGCUUUCGCUCAAGGCCACGUUCGCCAAGGGGCGCAGCGCCAGCGGCGCCAGCUCGCGCCAAGACACCAUCGAGGAGGAGCUAGAGGAGCGCCGCCCGGCCGCCGCGCCCCCGCCCCCGCAGCCCGCGCCCCCGCAGGCGGCGCCCCCGCCCCCGCAGGCCACGCCCCCCGCGCCCCUGCCUUCCUUGCAGGCGGCGCACGCGUCUCACGACGCGGCACUGGCCGAGCUGCGCCGGGACGUACGUAACGAGGUGCAGAGACUGCAACAGAAGUUGGGUCGGGUCGAGGAGUUGCUGACAAUGUUGGCGACGCGACUGGGCGCCGAGCCCGACGGCGCGGCGCACUCCACUCCCACCGAGCCGGACCGGCUCGACGUCCGGCCCGACGCGCGGCCCGCCGACGCGGCCCGGAAGCGGCGCUCCAAGGUCGGCCUCACACUGUCGGCGCCCUACUAGCGCGGCACCCUACUAGCGCGGCGCCCUACUAGCGCG